CGUGCUAUGUAUAGCCACCGGGCGCCCACCCGCGCCGGCAAGAGCCCAGCCUGAGGGGGCGCUCUCGUCUGGCGGGAGCGGGAUGGGCCAGCGGGGAGAGGCCGGCGCUUGCGCGGCGGGCCGGGGCAGGCAGGAGCCGUGGCGCGGAAGGGCUGCGCGGAGCUGAGGCGGGCGGCCGAGCGGCCUCGUCUCCCGGCGGCCGGCAUGGCGGAGGCUGCGCUGCCCAGCUCAGGUGCCUUAAAUCCUGAUGCAACUGAUUUCAUUCCAAGGGAAAGGCAAACUUGCAGUCUAAAUUGGAAUAGCCAAUCCAGGCGGGAAUUGGAUCGGGAUUCAAGCAGAAAUUGUAUGCCACCUCCUACUCAACCUAGGCACAAUAGAUAUGAAGUCUGUUCUGCAGAUCAACAUAACUUUUACAGUCCAGAGAGUCAGCGUAGAUCUCAGCCAGAUUCUUCACUGUUUGGCAGUAUGGGUAAAACAAAAAGCCGCAAUUUUCAAAGUCAGCGAUGGCAGAGAUCAAGGAAUGAUAGAGCGCAUGGGAAAAAUCAGGCAAAACAAAGUGGCGUAGAGGACCCUGCAUGUUUAGAUACUAGGCUGAUUCCAGGACGAAGACUGAAUCCUAGAGAAUACAGCGAUUUCUCUUCAGAUAGCGAGAAAGAGACUGCGGAUAAUAGAGGAGCAAAACCAAAGAAGACCUACUUGAUGCAUUCACGUGGAAGAGGGCUGAAAGAAAAGGAGAAACAUCCACCUGAACGGGAUAAAAGAAUACCCUCCAAGUGGAAGGAUGAAGCCUAUGAAAACAUACCAGUGGUAGAUCUAACUCAGUCAGACUCUUCUGAAACAUCUUUUGGAAAAGCAGUGUCAGAUGGCUUUUCUGAUAACAGCAUCGCACGGAGAAGGUAUCCUUUUGCAAACAAGGAUUUUAGGGAGCCUGUGCGGAAUAAAGAGACCAGCAAAAGGCAAGACAUGUCUAGGAGCAAAAACACAAAACACAUUAAGAAUGCAUCUCUUCCACACCCUCCUAAAGAGCGCACCAGUGAGAAGAGGAAAGAAUCCGUGCUGCAUGAAAGAGGAUCAAAUGUUGUGAGUGUGCCACAGACUCAACCUUUGUGUGAAACAGUCGGACGUGGGGGAAGAAAACCCCUCGUUCAAGAGGGGUAUAAAAGCAGGCGCUGGAAGAAGCAAAAUGAUGCACCAAAGAGUAAGGAAACACAUACAGGGUCUCUAAUAGAGCAGCUUACCUCAGAGAAAUAUGAAUGUAUGGUGUGUUGUGAGGUGAUCCGUAUGGUGGCCCCAGUGUGGAGUUGUCAGAAUUGCUAUCAUGUAUUCCACUUGAGCUGCAUUAAGAAAUGGGCAAGAUCACCAGCAGCACAGACUGAAGAUGGCAACAGUGGUUGGCGAUGCCCAGCUUGCCAAAAUGUUUCAUCUCAAGUUCCCAAUGCUUACACCUGCUUCUGUGGUCGGGUUAAAAACCCUGAGUGGAACAGAAAUGAAAUUCCUCACAGUUGUGGAGAACUCUGUAGAAAGAGAAGAUCAGCUCAAGAUUGCCCACAUUUAUGUAAUAUUCUCUGUCAUCCAGGACCAUGCCCAUCAUGCCCUGCUUUUAUGACCAAAAAAUGUGAAUGUGGACGCACAAGCCAUUCGGUUCGAUGUGGGCAUUCUACUGCAAUUCAGUGUACUAAUAUAUGUGGGAAUGUUUUGAAUUGUGGUAAACAUAACUGCACCCAGGUAUGCCAUUCAGGAAAAUGCCAGCCUUGUGAAUUGACUGUAAAGCAAGUGUGUUACUGUCAGAGUACCUCUCGAGAAGUCUUAUGUGGAACAAGUGAAGAACAAUUCUCCUGUCUCAGAACUUGUGGCAAAAAACUCGCUUGUGGAAUGCACAGCUGUGCACAAGUGUGCCACCCCCAGUCUUGUCAGCCCUGCCCACGGCUUCCGCAAAUCGUGCACUGCUGCCCUUGUGGGCAAACUCCUCUUAGCAAAUUAUUAGAACUGGGGUGUCCGGAACGUAAACUCUGCACAGAUCCCAUCCCAUCGUGUGGAAGAACAUGUGGCAAACCUCUACCUUGCAGUAGCUACGAUGCUGUUCAUACAUGUGAAAACCUCUGCCAUGAAGGAGAAUGUGGGACAUGUUCUCGCACAUCAAAGAUUUACUGCAGAUGUGCCUUAAAAACCAAGGAAGUUCCCUGUGCCUGUCUCAAAAACCAAGUUGAAGUUACAUUUUUGUGUGACAAGCGAUGCAACAAGAAACUGUCAUGUGGACGACAUAAAUGUAGUGAAGUUUGCUGUGUGGAUAAGGAGCACAGAUGUUCUUUGAUAUGUGGACGUAAGCUCAAUUGUGGUAUCCAUAGAUGUGAAGAACCUUGCCACCGCGGCAAUUGUCAGAAAUGCUGGCAAACAAGUUUUGAGGAAUUAACUUGUUAUUGUGGUGAAUCAGUGAUUUACCCUCCAAUACCUUGUGGUACUCGACCACCUGAGUGUAAAAAAUCAUGUACCAGACCUCAUGAAUGUGAUCAUCCAGUAUAUCAUUCCUGUCAUAGUGAAGAGAAGUGUCCGCCCUGUACAUACCUUGUCCAGAAAUGGUGUAUGGGAAGGCAUGAAUUGCGGAACAAUAUUCCGUGUUACCUCACCGACAUCUCCUGCGGCCUCCCCUGCGAUCGGAUGUUGAAAUGCGGCAUGCACAAAUGUAAAAGGAUCUGCCACAAGGGGGAAUGCCUUAUAGACGAAGAGUGCAGGCAGCCGUGUACUAUUCUUCGGCUUCAUUGCAAUCAUCCGUGCAUGUCUCCGUGCCAUCCGUCUUUACCUUGUCCUACGACAUCUUGCAGUGCAAAGGUUGAACUUCAGUGUGAAUGUGGAAGAAGAAAGGAGGUUAUGGUUUGUUCGGAAGCUUCUAGUACAUAUCAAAGAAUAGCUGCAAUUUCCAUAGCCUCUAAGUUAACAGAUCCACAAUUUGGAGAUUCAGUGGAGAUUAGCAGAUUGAUUACCAAAAAGGAAAUGAAGCACACCAGGUUGCAGUGUGAUGAAGAAUGUUUGGCACUUGAAAGGAACCGGCGGUUUGCUGAGGCUCUCCAUAUCGAUGACAGCUCUGACCCCUUUAACGUUCGCUCCUCUGCACCCAAGUACAGUGAUACCCUGAAAGAGGAUGGGAGAAAGGAUUUAAAGUUUGUCAGUGAAACUGAGAAAGAAAUGAAAGCCCUUGUGGAAGCUGUAAAUAAGAGCAAGCAUACGAAGAAGAGCCAUUGCUUCCCACCCAUGAACAGAGAACAUCGCCGAAUCAUCCAUGAGCUUGCUCAGGCUUACGGCAUUGAGAGUGUGAGCUAUGAUAACGAACCAAAGCGCAAUGUUGUUAUCAGUGCGGUGAAAGGGAAAUCAGUUUGUCCGACAGUUACUCUGACAUCUGUGCUUACCAAGGAGAAGCAAAGCAGACCUCCCCCACCUAUUCCCCAUCACAAACAGUCAGAAAAGCAUGGAAAUAACAACGUAGAGCGAGGCUUCAAAGAGGAGCCAGUGAUUGACUACUUUGAUGUACAGGACUGACGUAAUGAAUUAUGCUUUUGAAGAGUGGAAGUGGAGCUGCUGGUGUGGUCAGGACCAUUUUCAUCAAAGAGCAUUCAUCAAAGAGCAUUCUACUGAAUUGUAUUCAGAGUUCAUCAUGGAAACAGUGGAUGGAAACAGAUUGUUCAUCAAAAUAUAACCUUUCUUGUAACAAUAAAUAAAUCUAAUCAAUUUUGUGAAACAGCCCAUUUGCUAGUGGGAGGCAGCGAGAGUGACAUGUACAAGCAUAAGUGUGACUUUCUAAGAACUUUGAGUAGUUCAUAACUACUAGAAAUUAAGAAAACAGUAUAUCCUUUCUUUUCCUUUUAUUCCCUUAGAAGCUUACUGGUUUUAGUUAUCCUACUUUCUGCUGCAUAGCACAAGUGGAUUCUUAUCUGGGUGACGAUGCUACUUGUUCUGAUGCAAGACUGAAUAAAAUUAACAACUUUCCGUUGAAAGAUACAAGUCCAUGAAUUAUUAUUGAGGAAGGCGGGAGGUAGGGUUAAGAUUUAUAUUGACAGAUCCAGUUCAAAUUCAGCUUUUAAAGUGACAAGGUAUUGUCUCCUGGCAGUUGCAGCCUCAUGCAAUUUGUCUACUAUACGUUCAGAUCUUGGUUUGUACCAACACUUUCUAAUAUUGAGUUGCUUCUGCUGCAAAUCCUCCUUCCUUUGGCAACAUUGGAAAAGCCUUGCUUUUUGUCAUUCCCAGGUAUGAUCUUGGGAGUUUAACUGAAGAUUUUAAAAUGGAAAACUGUUUCUCUUGGGUUUAUUCUUCAGUUCAGCUAGCAGUGUAGCAUUAAGGAUGUGCUUGCCUUGUGGUGGUAAAAUAUACAUUGCAUUUGUAGCAGUUCUUUCUCAUAAGAAAGAAAACGUGUUUGUGUGUGUCAGGCUGCCACUGAACUUGCCUGUUGCACUUCCAUUGAAAUCUAAACCUUAUUUUGCCAGUGUCGCUUCUGGCCCCUCAGGAUGUGUCAGACUGCUGCCUGCCUUUCCUACUGUAAGCAUCAAAUAGACGCCACACUCUAGACCAUAGGCUCUUUGUGAGCGGCUUCUGAGGUUACAGCUCUUUUGUGGGAGUUCUCACACAGUCAUUCCUUGCAGAUAAUGUAAUUUAGGAAGGAAGUUUAGAUGAAGACACUGGUGGAGUUAAUCAUGCUUAUUUUAUUGCAGUUGAACCUUGCCUUUCCAUACCAAUGCCUAAGGCAGCACUUUGUAGGAAUGCAAGAAAAUUUGAAGUGAGCUGACGUAUCUCUGUAUGCAAGUGCAGAUGCAAGUGGAAGUUCUAGGUGUGUUAUGGCAUUGAGAUGUGAAUGAGCGAUCUUAUUAAAAAUAGAGACGCAAGAGGGCAGACCCACGGUCUUCUUAGCAGAAUCUUUAGGUUUGCUAAACACAGACACUGCUAGAGACUAGUCAGUGUGUCCUGUCUGCAUCUGAAAUUAUGCACUUUCCCACAAUUUAGUUCACUGUCAUUUGUGUACAAAAAUGUACUAUCCCCGUGACAGUGUAACCUAGCAUUCUUGUUAUAUAAGCUUUUUCUCCAUUGAUUUGGAUAGGGUUUGUGCAUCCACAUCUACUGACACAUACGACUGCAAGGGGUGCUUGACACAUUUUAGCGUGAGGCUGUCUCUUGAUCCGGGCCCAUAUUUUCUAGUACGUGGUGGGUUUUUAUUUUUGUAGAUGGUCAUUUUAAAGUGAUUGGUCCUAACGUUGCUCAGUGGAAAGUGUCCCAUCUGCAUUAAAGAGUUAAACAUAUGCUUUCAGUUGCUGUUUUGCACAUAUUGGUGUGUUUUACUGGGAGCUGAACUUGUAGCUGUUGUUUGGAAAUCACCUGUUUUCUUGGUGAAGAAAAUAUCCUUUAUUCCCUUCUGGUUUGGUUUCCAAUGUUUGAUAACCUAAAUGGAGAGGAGAAAGUAUUUUUUGUGCUCACUAACAAGGUACUUCGAUUUGUUCAUGCAGACAGCACGAGUGGAACUUUGGACCGAAGGUUUAGUAAUAUAUUAAAAACUCCUCUGAUUAUUCAGUGCUGUGUGUGCAUCGAUCUGUGUGUAAUCUAAACUUCGUGAAAACUGCUAUGGAGACCACUCCUUAUGCCAUUUUUCAUGAUGUACUUCAUGAUGAAGUGAAAUAAUAGAUUUGGUUAUUUUUUCAUACGUUAUUUGUGGAAUUUAUCUAUACCCAUGAGCACACACACUUGCCUGCUUGCUUUCAAGUUCAGUGGUGUAAUAAACUACAAAACUACUAUAUAAAUCUGUAAUAAAGUUAAAAUUGCUAUUUUUGCAUUUACUUAAUAGAUUUUUGUGACUCAUACAUACAAAUGCAGAGGCUGCUGAAAAGCCGGAGGAAGCCAACGAUGAGAUAAAUGAGAAGGUCUUCAUAUCUUUGAUGGAUGUCAUGACCUGUAUUAUUAAAACAUAAUCAAAUAUUUUAAA